GAAACGCUUUUCAGGUGGCAGAAAAAAGAAAAGAGUUCCUGAAAAAGUAUAGAGUGGCCUGUUCAGGAAGUCUGUGGUGCUGGUGGGGACGUGAGAGUGCUGGUUCCCAAAGCACCACCCCGAGAUACCCUCGUUUUGUCAGGAAGCUGCCGCAAACGCGUUUUAAAUGUGGUGACUCCUUAGGACGUGCUGGUGCUCCUUAGAGCUGUGUGGCUUCAAAAUUGCUGUUUAUUUUGUUUACUUGAAGUAGACAAAAGAAAAAUCAGAUUGCUGCAUGUGUUGCUUAUUUAUCUGAGAUAAAGAUGUUUGCUGAGGAAAUGAAAGAAUGUAUCACUGUCUUAUUUCCUUCAGACGAAAAUUUCCCAAACUUAUAUGGUUUUGAAUUCAAAGAGAAGACUAGGAAUGAAAUAAACAUCAGGUUUCUUUGAGUAAGAAGUGACAAUGCAGCGAAGGCAGAGAGGAGUCAGUGCUGGAUUGCUUUUGCUGUUUUAUGAAAUUUAUCAAGUUGGAUUUCAGAACAUUCCUCCUGUUACACUUGGGAUACUUGCACUGAAUAUUUUUCUCUUUUUGAAUCCACUGGGGCCACUAUCUGAAGUGUGUAUCAGUGUAAAUGAAAGCUUCUACAGAAAGAAUUGGCAGCGUUUACUGCUUUCACCUUUCCACCAUGCAGAUGACUGGCAUUUAUAUUUUAACAUGGUUUCCAUGCUUUGGAAGGGGAUAAUGUUGGAAAGAAAGCUUGGAAGCAUUUGGCUUGCAUAUAUAAUUGCAAUAUUUUCAGUGCUUGUUGGAGUUGUUUAUAUGGUACUGGAAUACAUGCUUGCAGAAAUUCUGGAUGACCCUACAUAUAAAAUGAGUUGUGCUGUAGGUUUUUCAGGAGUCUUGUUUGCUUUGAAAGUUCUUAACAACUAUUACAAUCCAGGAAGAUUCAGCAGUGUCUUUGGAGUGCAGAUAUCCAAUAAAUAUGUUUGUUGGGUGGAGCUGGUGGCAAUUCAUUUAAUUUCCCCAGGGGCUUCUUUUGCUGGGCAUUUGGCGGGGAUUCUAGUUGGACUGAUGUAUACUGCAGGACCUCUGGAAAAGAUCAUGGAAGCCUGUGCAGGUGGCUUUUCUUCAUUUACUGGCCCUACCCGGCAGAGGGACUACUACUCACAGUAUUAUAGUCAUCGAGGUUAUCAGUACAGUGCACCAAGGAACUAUGAUGUUUAUACAGGUGGACUUACUGAAGAGGAGCAGCUUGAAAGGGCAGUGCUAAACAGUCUUAAUGAAAGAGAUUUUGGUGGAGCAACACACAAUGUGCAGCGACCCUAUGGUUUUUUGCUUUCGCCUGAACAGCUUUCAGAAGAGGAAAUGAGAAGGCAAAGGCUUCGUAGGUUUGAGAGACGAUGAAACUGGCAGGGUUGAUGUAAAUUGCAAAGUGCUGUUCAGAAUUAACAAAAUAUUUGUAGGUUUAUUCAUUUGUAAUCUUUCUUUCCAAUUUUUAUACUGCUAGUUGCGAAACUGCAAAAUAUGCAGAGGAUUUGGGAAGUUGAGGUUCUCAACUGGAACUUGCAUCAGGCGCAUGAGGUGGGAGGAAUCAAACUGAUCUUUAGCAUUUCUCAGUCUUGAUGCACGUUAAAUAUGGAAGAAGACUGAUAAAUGGACUGAUGCUUUUACACACACUCGUUCACUCAUGCACGCGUGUGCGUGCUCACUCACGCUCGCUCUCUCUUGUGUAGCUGCAAGAAUUCCUUGGCUUUUUGGCUGCUUACAUUCUCAGUCAAUAGGUUUUUCUUUAUCUAUGACAAAAAAAGCCAUUAUAUUUGUGGUUUUUAAUAAUUUUAAAGUAUGUAAAUUUCAGACUUUUCUGUGUUUAUACAUGAUGACUGAGUGUUUUGAGAUUGGCAUGUAAAAUGUCAUUUUAAAAAAAUUGCAUUGAUAGCAGCCUAUAGGCUUAAGCUUUCUGGCAAAGUCUUAUAAGCUGUGUAAAAAAUACAGAUGCAGCUAUUGUUAUCCUAAUAAGUUAUUUAAUAUAAUCUUGAGUGUUGUUGUGUUCCUUAAAUCCUGUUGUUUCUGUCUGGAGGUUUUGUGUGAUAAAGUUGAGUUUUGGCUAAAAUUGUCUAAGGCCAGUCUUAAUGAUUGUUGCAAAUACAAAUUUUUUUUUUCAGUUAUAGAAUUAAAGUAACUUGUUCUUAGGACUUUUACGGAAAGGGAGAUGGGUAUGCCAUGUAAAGAAUAUAUUUAUUUAGUAAUUUAUACUUUUUUAAAAGCAUCUAUCCCUUUCUUAAAAGGCUAUGUAUUCUGUAGCUAUGAAAUUGUAUCAUCUACGUGUUGUUUGUGCAGCUUCAGAAAUUUUACUAUUUCUGUAUAUAUGUUUCAUCUGAGGUCCAGUAGGAGCUGUGAGAGCAGAUAUCUUGUCUAAAUAUGAGGUACCUUGAAUUCUCCAUUUCCUGGAAAGCAUUUCUGUAUGUUCCCAACUUGAGAGUAGUUGAUCAGGAGACCAAAAGCUCAGUUGUCACUUUGGGCUGACCCUCCACUCGCCGCCUGUCGAGCGAUGGCUGUCCUGCUCGUGGCACCGGUACCAGCUGGGCUUAGUUCAGGAUGCUCUCAGGCUACCUUUCAGUUUUUGAGCUUAAAUGAAAGUACAAAACCAAAAUUCAUGAACACAUCUACCCAUAUAGUAGCAUUAACUAAUAAACUGAGUAUUUUUUGUUCCAGUAUCAUUUUGAAAAGCUGUUCUUUGUUCAAAGGUUUUUUUGUUUGUUUGUUUUUUUGCAAUGGGAGAAUUUCUUCUGAGAUUGGGGACACUCACUCCUCCUGUAACUGUUUUCAGUCCCGAAGAGGUGUGAUUGCACAAGAAAAAAUUGAUCAUCUUUAGACAUAGAGCUGCUGGAAUCUCUUCAGCACUGAUUUAGUUGGAUGUUAGGAUGACCAAUUUAAUGAUUUCUUCUCAGGGUCGUGUGAUCACUGAUAGGUGCUUUAUAAAGACUUGAAACCUGUACCUCUCUAUAGAGCUAAUAGUUUGAAUGUAAAAUCAUAGAGCUAUAUCUUUUCAGACAGAAAAAAUCGUGCAAGUAAAUUGUUGAGUAUAUUGUUUAAAUAAUGUACAUCUUCUGGUUUUCAUUAAUGUGUAUAAGGGAACCUUUUGGUGCUGAAAAAUGCAAGGGCCAUUCUCUUUUCAGUGCCGUUACCACUUUAACUGUUUUCUUACCCUUCUGGUUGAUUUUGUGGCCAGAAGCAGCACAAUAGGAUUAUGCCAGGUAUGUGGCUUUCAAGGUCCUGAGAGCCAAAAGACAGGAUAUAAGGUGACUUUGAUUGCACUUAUGAAGGGAGCGUGCGAACACUGCCAGUAUUAUACACAGUAUUUUCUGGCAGAUUCUAAGGCACUUAGUACUUACAGACUGGUGAUGUUUGUUGUCUUCUCCCUUGGUUGUUUUCCAAUGUAUGCAGUAGCCAUAGAAUAAAACAGCAGACAUUCAUAUCUUCUAGUAGGCCAAUUUUCCUAAUUUCUUGCAACUUCUGAAAUUGUGUAUAAAAAAACUGCAUAGGUUUUGAAUGUUUUGCUCAAUGUGUAAUGAUCACGUAAAUGAGGAAGGAAUAGCAUUGGUGCCUCAAAGUAAUCUUAGUGCUCUGAUGGAAAAUUUCAAUGCGACUUACUGUGUCUGUUGAACUCUAUCUUAAAUAAUUAAAACCAUUGGAUUAGUCAGUAAUCAACUGAAAAAAAAAGAGAAUUAAGUGAAACCAAGGACAUGAUUGCAAUUUUAAAUCCACUUGCAUAUUUUCGUAAAGUAAGGUUAGAAAUAUUGACCACGUACGAACCCACACAAAAAGUUCCUCAUAUUAGUAAAAAGGAGAGAGCUCCUUAAUAGGUUAUAUCUUAUAUGGAGGGUCUGUUUUGGUUCCCCUCUUUAUUCUUAUUUUGUCAAGCACUUGCCAUUAAGUAUAAAAUUUGUCCGUAAUAUAGCUGUUU